AUGGCGACAGUAGCAGCCGAGCUCCGCUCAGCUACUGCUUGUGUCGCGGCGGCGAGCAGUUGCAGCGGCAGCAGCAGCAGAAGCAGAAGCAAGUAUGCGUUUAGGUUGUCGGCAGCCAUUUCAAUUCCUGCUCGCUUUUCCAGAGCUCUCAGCAGUAGGCCCUCACCUCUUCUCCCUCCCCUCCGCGGCUCCUCCUUUGGCGGGCUCUCAUUUUGCCUCCUAAGACGCCCGUUGCGGGCCUCACAUAGUUUGGCCGGUGAUAUCCCUGUCGACUCUAAGGAGGAUUGGGAAGAAGGGGAGGCAGUGGAUGGAGAAGAGGACGCAGCCGGCGGAGAUGGUUAUCCUUCCGACGUGGAGUCGCUUGAAGAAGAGGCGAGGAAAGUGGCUAGAGAGUUCUCACUCUCUAUAUCCCGCGAACUGAGAAGAGGUACUCGUCUGGACACGGUCUUACCUAUGUCGUAUAUUUCUUUUAUCCUGAAACUGACACUGAGUAUUCUUCUAAACUCAACCAUUACGAUACACUGCGGGCGUGGGAUGAAAGAUGAAUUAUCCGGGAUCAGGGACUUAAAAAUUACCUGGUGGUAGGAUUUGGUUAUGACAUUAAGGACAGUAGACGACGACAGUUCGCAUGCUCUGAUUAGCUGCACAAUGGACUAUAUUGAGUUCAUGUUACAACGCAAGCCCAUGAUCCAAAAAAAAGCCUGCUUAAAUUGAGGUGUUCUCAUGUGACUUAGAGGUUAACCGAGCGCACAAUGCUGUCCAAAUAUUAUUAGAUUGGAAUCUUUGACGAAAUAUCCGAAGAUACGGGAGUAUCUACUAAAAAUUUGAGUGUAGAAUGAGAUUUCAGAGAAGACAAUGCAGAUAACAUGGAUAUCACCAUUAAUGAGUGGAAUAGCUUUGCAAUUUUUAUUGUCUGAGUUCCAUGUCAGGGCGAUAGGGAAACUGAUUCUGGAAACGAUGAUAUCAUCCAAACGGGGCAUGAAGUUUGGCAGAUUUUGAUGUACCUUCUGAUAACUAGUGACAAUUAAGUUUAAAGGAUAUCGGGCGAUCACACUGCUAGUUAUGAUGUGGGAUCGUGCGGCAAUACUGCAGUUAGAAACUUGUUGAAGGCGAAGAAGAUGAAGGUGCUAAUGGGGAAUACCUGCAGGAUAUUAAAGAUAUUUCGAGGCCAGGUUCAGCACCUUUCAAGAACGGAAUUAUGGAGCAGCGUUCCAGAUGUUUGGAACUAUUGGGCGUAGUAGACCUUAUAAUCCUAUAAGUUAUAACUCUCAAAAGGGAUCAUUGAAGUUAUGUAAUCCUUUUGAUGCACCCCAAUGCGGGAAACAAUUACCUCAAGGUUCUCCAAAGAUUCAGCAGUCCAUCUCAUAUGUCCUAAGCUUAUUCCAGGCAUGAGGACCUUCUGAUCCUCACACCUGGAAUCAGCCUACAAGGAACUCUGAUGGCAUUAUAAUAGGGUAGAGAAAAGUCUACUAGGAAUGGAAGAGAAGGAAAGUAAGAAGCUAAUGAGUUUGCUACCGAGGUAGAAUGGGUUUUUUUAAUGAUGCAAACGUUUUUUGAAUUUGAUCAUGGUCAGGCAUUUAUUGUAUCGUUACUUGUUGUUAUUCUCUUUACGUCUAUGCGUUUCUUUUUCCCUUAAAAUAAUUUUCCUGUGUCCUUCAGUGAGUAUUUAGAAGAAUUAAAUUUCGAGUAUGAGAAAGAAAAUAUUUAGAACGACGUAGAAAUGAGAAAAAUAAUGCUGUGAUGUGCCAUGUGUCAUUAUUUUGUCAUAUUUUCGUUUCGUAUGCUUGUGUCAUAACCACUUUUCUUUUAUGUAUACAGAAGAUGACGCAUUUCUUCACAAGGAACUUGGUGAACCACAGUCAACGGAAGCUUCUAACAGACAUGUUAGCGGGCUUAUUACUUUUAUUAGUUUGACCGUUUUAUGAUUUUCAUUGAUAAACAUAUUAUCUUUAAUAGAGUUUGAAUAUAUAUAUUUUUUGUCAUUAUAUCAGACAAAUAUUCAGUAAUGACUAGCAGCCUUUUUUUCUCUUUCCUGUAUAUUUUACCUUAAUGAAAAUUUUACUUUGCCAGUUGCCUUGAAAACUUUUUUUUCCAUGCGUAUGGCAUCUGAUUCAAUCUUAUAUGUUACAUACAGAUUCCUGACCAUCGUCUUCCUAGAGUGACAAUUGUUGGGAGGCCUAACGUUGGCAAAUCUGCAUUAUUCAACCGCCUUGUUGGGGUAUAUCCUCGCUUAUAUAUCUUUAAGAACGUCUUAAGUUAAUGGCCCUUUCUAUGGUUAGUGUCGUAAUUCGAAUCUGAUUUCUUCAGUCAUGAAUAUCAUUUUGUAUUUGACAAUCCUCGAACAUUUCAGUAUUUCCCUCUUUAAUUAAACAGUAAGGUAAGGCGUAAAAGCAAACAUUUUUUUUUUAAUGGCUCCUUUAUCAUUGUGCUUGAAGGGAAACAAGGCGAUAGUGGUGGAUGAGCCAGGUGUCACCAGAGAUCGCUUGUAUGGUAGAUCAUUUUGGGGUGAUCAUGAAUUCAUGGUUGUUGACACCGGUGGUGUUGUUAUUUUUUCCAAAUCUCAAGAUGAUGUCAUGGAAGAACUUGCUAUUACAAAGACAGUUGGUAUGGAUGGUAUUCCACUUCCUUCUAGGGAAGCUGCUGUUGCAAGGAUGCCCUCAAUGAUAGAGAAACAAGCAGUUGUUGCUGUUGAAGAAGCGUCUGUUAUCAUAUUUCUGGUUGAUGGCCAGGUACCUUUGCUUAUCAUGCAAAUUAUUCGAUGGUGGACUUGUGGGCUUUACGACGUUAUAUUUGUAUUGUCGUUUAGUUUAAACGCAUUUGCUUAUAACAAGUCUUUAUGUUAUGAGCAUACCUUCUGAUUGACAAUGAUUUCUAUUUUUAUUAUUUUCUGAACUGGUAUAUUAUCACUUAUUGGAGAUUUUCACAAAUAUGGCUUGAAACUUUUUGCUUAAACAAUGAGUGCACCAAUUUUGUAUAAAUUAAUGUUCAUUGUAAAAAUUAUAUAAAAUAUAAAGUCAGGAAAAAUCAAGAAAAUAACUUUCAUUGAAACAUGAAAACUAUGUGAUGUUGUCAUCCAUUGGAACAUUAUAGGAAUCAUUGGCACUAUACAUUAUGAAACAAAUCAAGUUAGCACUAUUUCCAUUGUCCACAAUGAAAGCAGUAUAGAUAAAUGACGAAGUACAAUCUGAUAGUGUAUGAAAUCAACACCUCUAAUGAACCAUAAAUAACAUUGGCCCCAACAAAAUAGGAAUACAUGAUAAGACCAGUGUUCUAUAGAAGUUGGUGUGGCUUCGGUUUUGUAAAGACCGAGCUGUUUAAAUGAAACUGUUGGGUAGAACAGACCAUUCAUGGCUCCUUUAAUGAUUUUCUUGUGUCCUGUUCAUGAAUUCCCAUUACACUUUUGAUACUAGGCAAAUCAUUUGAGAAUUGUUAUUUGAGGUGACACAGUCGAUUUCCGCACAUUAAUGUCGUAGUAGCUCACUUCAAGCACUUACUACGUGAGAGUUCUUGUUGGCGUGUUUCCCCUGUGUUCUAAAUCCUUUUCUUUCUGGUUCUUGAUGCUGACUGCCAGAUGAUAUGAUCAUCUUUUUGCAUGAUGAAGUGUAUUAUGUUGAAUAGGCAGGCGUGACAGCAGCAGAUGUGGAAAUUGCGCACUGGCUUCGAAGGAACUAUUCAAAAAAGUUCACCAUUCUUGCUGUGAACAAAUGUGAAUCUCCACGGAAAGGACUUAUGCAGUCUUUCGAAUUCUUUUCGUUAGGGUGAGUUAGGGACUUGACAUCCGUUGCUUCUAUAUACAAUUCCUGUUUCAUUAAACUUUUCUUUUUCUUUAUGCUUUUUAGGAGUUGAAUAGAUUAAUAAUUUUGGAGAACUUCCAACUAGUGACUGGAUCACUGAAAAUUUUCCGUGUGAAAUUGAUCACACUUUUACCUAAAACAAUGACAAGAGUUCUCUUAUAGUAAAAGCAGUUUAUUAUUCUUAAUAAAAUUUUCAAUACUUCAUCUUUCUGUCUGAGUCAGGCUUUUUUUACUACGCCAUCGGAUUUGGGUGAUUCCAUCCCAGUCCAUUCGUUUGGUGGUCCAAUUCGGUUCAUCCUACCCGAUUGAGAUUGGAUCACCGUGUACAUCUGUCAAGUGGGUUUCUAAAGAACUGUCAUAAAGUCCAGACAAAUCUAUUUACCCUUGACUCUCGUUAUGAAGGAAAUAUGUAUAGAUUUCUUCUGAUUUUAACUAGUUAUUUAUAUUGACUGGCGUAUGUAAAAAUUUAUAUUUAAUGAACACUUUUUGCCCAAUUUUUUCUCCCUCCUCUCCACUAAUCUGUCGUGACUUAUCUUUUAUUUAGGUUCACUCCCCUGCCCAUAUCUGCUAUUUCUGGAACUGGAACUGGAGAGCUUCUGGAUCUUGUUUGUUCAGAACUGAAGAAAAUCGAGGUAACUCUUCUGUGAAUUCGGAAGGAUGCCGAGCUUUUCAAUCAAACAAUAUUUUUCUUAUCGACGUGUUAUUAAAAAAUCAUGUUUUAACUGUUUCUAGUCGCAAUGGAUAGUUCUUUAUUCAUUCCGCAAGCUGUAUGCAUGAUGAGUACCAACUUUUUGUCAUAUUGAGUGACAUUAUUGUCUGUGGAUGGUUAUUUCUUGGCCUUAAUUGUUUAUCUUAUGAUUCCAUGUUGUUUAUAAGUCCAAGGGUGUGGUUUGUACCAUUCAAUUUAAUGCCUUUAGCGAGUGGAAGCUCCUAUUAAUUCUCCUCCAUCCCACGACAAAAGAAGAAAAGGAAAAAAUGAAAAUGAGUCCUCGGUUAGGCAUUAACUCCUUGAUGAGAUAUGGCGAUUGUUGAAACCGUUAUAAAUUUUUGGAAUUGGUUGAAGGUGUGGGUGGAGUUAGGGUUGAUAUAUUUUUAGUCCCAUAGCAUAUUCUCAAAUUAGUGAAUCAGUUCUCGGAUGAAAAAGGUUAAUUUCGGAAUCUAAUGUAUCAUACAGGAGACUCUGACCUUCCAUUUCGGAUUGAUCUGGGAUGCUAUCUCUGACGAUCUACUGGAUGGAAGGGCAGAAAAAUAUGGAUGAAAACAACGUAAUUGGAGGAAGGGAGGAAAUACAACGAAAGUGAGAUAAAUCAUGAAAAAGGCUUUUAUACCUGAGAUGAUUGGUAAGAAGUGGCACAUCUACGAGACAACCACAGCAACAAGCGUCACUCUUAGCAUGUCUAUCUAGGACUGUCCCGUCCAUGAGGCAUACGCUUGCUAGAAAAUAUGUUCACUAUGGUAGUUUUUUGAAAAGGAUCCACUUUAUAAGAGACGAUUGGGUACAGUUUUUCAGUAUUUAAAAUUCAAUUUACAUCAUAAGAAAGAGGUUGCCUUCCAUGAAAUUGAUCUCACCACUAUAGUCACUAAUUUUGUGGAUUAUAUUUCGUCUUGUUUGCAUCUGUUUUCUGUCAUCCAUGUUUAAUAUUUUUUUUUCUGAAAGGUAUGGAAAUCAAGGCAAUGUUAUCUGUAGAUGUUAAACAAAAUGGUCAAAUAUGUCUUCCCAUAUAUAUUCUUGGGAUAUUGUAUCAAUCUCGUUGACGCAACCAUCAUUCUUGUCAGCCCUUGGAAGAUCCUGUUGAGCAAGAAAAGUACGUUCCAUCUAUCGCUAUCGUUGGUCGACCUAAUGUUGGGAAGAGUAGCAUUUUGAAUGCUUUAGUCGGUGAGGACAGAACAAUUGUUAGCCCAAUCAGUGGCACAACCCGUGAUGCCAUUGAUACUGAAUUUACUGGGCCAGAUGGACAGGUUUGUCUGAAUGAUUUUAUAAAUAUAUUUUUAUUUUUUUAUAAUUUCAUUUAUCAGGACCGAAUGACUUGUUUUCUAUUACUUUUUUUCGACCAUUCUAGUUGAACUCAGAGAUUUCAUGUAUUUAUCUUGGUUCUCGAGGGCACAGGGGUAAAUUCAAUUCUAUUCCAAUUCCUACGAACCUAUGGUCAAAACCCUCUGAAAAUAAUUUGAUUAUUUCAUUACCUCAAUCAGACGAGCUUUGUGACCUUAUUGUGCACUGGAGAGCAAAACCACAACAACGUUAGCACAUGAGUUAGAACAACUCAACUCAAUAUGCUCCCCAAAGGUGGACUAUGGAAGGUGAAUCUCAGGACACAGAUUAAUAUGCUCCAUAUAGCUGAUCUGUUAUGGACACACUGUCAGUUCAUUAUACAACUAUUGGCUUCAGAAAGCCAGUUCUCAAUAAAAAGAAUCAAAUAGGUUUAGAAGUUCGUGUAACCUUCCAGAAUCUAUUUGUUCUUGUGGGAAAUGGAGUUAUAAUUUCCGUCAAGAUUGCACAUCUAGAUAAAUACAGUGCGCCAAGAGAACCUCCUUUGAUUGAACGCGAAGAUCGGAAGAUCGUGGCUAUUACUUUUCUGCCAGAGCUCUUGGUGUAUGGAAUUCCUGAGAGAAAAUGUUCCUUCCUAAACAUCUGUACUUUCAUGUCUUAUUAUAAAUGUAUAUCAUAAGCAAGAUGAUUAUUCUCAUUUGUUUGUCAUAUUAAACGGUAGCCUGUUAUGUUCAACUUGUUAAGGCUGUUAUGUUGGUUUUAUGUCAAGAGUAGAUUCUACAACAUUCAGAAUCCUGCUACUCAGUGCAUGAGUAAAAUAUUCCUGAGAGUUAAUAAGGUCAAAAUCACCUCAAUGAUGAUGAUAUGCGAUGUUAUGCAGUUAUUGUUACUUUAUCCAAUUAGUUCCGCAUAAAAUGUUUCUUACGUUCGAUGUAGUUCAUAGUUUUUUUUACUGUACUAAGCUCUCUUAAUGUUUACUGCAUAUGUGAUCUUUAAGGUAUCUUAUGCAGAAAAUUCCUGAAAGAUUCACUCCCUAUUGCUUUUUGUUUCAUUUCUCUCAUAAAUAUUUGAUCUGAUACGAUACAGGCUUAGUUACUCCGGGACAUCUCCUGCUGAUGUUCCCUAAAAGGCUCAAAUAUAAGUGCAAUUAGUGGGUGUGACCUAUGAUUUUAUUUCGUCUGUUUUUUAUUUCUCUUGGCUUGUCUUUUCCUUGUUCCAUGAACCACAAUGUUCGAAGUUAGAUAAUUCCGUGAUGCACCAGAAGAUAAUAAGAUAAAUUUGUAGAUAGUUUUCUGGUUUGUCAUAAGUAAAUUUGCAUUUCUAACUUAUAAAUAUACUUCAACUCAACUAUUCGAACCAUUUAGCAAUAACAUGGAAAAUGGAUUUCUUUUGACAUUCCACUCCAGAAGUUCAAGCUUAUUGACACUGCUGGAAUUCGAAGGAGAGCUGUAGUCGCUUCUUCAGGCAGCACAACAGAAGCUUUAUCGGUUAACAGGGCAUUUCGUGCUGUGCGCCGUUCAGAUGUGGUGGCUCUUGUGAUUGAAGCCUUGGCCUGUAUUACAGAGCAGGUAUCAUUAAAGUUUAUUUUUAAUUUCAUUUCUACCAAUUUGGAAGGGAAAUAAAAACAGCACUGCUCAUAUGAAUAAUCGAUGGUUUAUCACUCAUCGCCAUCACUUUAUUGGUGAACCUGUCUUAGCAUCUCCAUGUCUUUUUGUAUAAGAUCUGCAUAUGGAUGGCUGUCUAUGCUUUUCAUUAUUAUAAAAAAGAAUGGGAAACGCUAAGAGUCCUGAUAGCUCUCCUUAGGGAAAUUCACUAGAAAUUCUUUAUAAGCUUGAUCCGUGAAGCAUUUAUUCACUAUUGUGAUGCUUUUGUCAUAGGUGUGUGAGAGAAUUAUCUUUUCAGGGUUGUUGGAGCAGGAUACGCGCGCUAAAGCAUAUUGAUGGUCGAAAAACGUUUGAAUUCCUGAUGUUUUUCCAACCAUUUUGCAGCUUACACCAUCAGAAUAAAGAAAAUCUGUAAUUAUGAUUUUCUUUAAUAAAUUGUUGUAGUUAGUUAGAAUGGUAUGCCUUAGGUUGACAACUUGUUGGAAAACUCUCCAAAUCAUAGAUCAUAAAAUGCAUAUUAAAGUGACUCAAGAGGGGAGUUUAGAAGGGUCUUACAUAUCUUUUAAUUCUUUAGGUGUCAUGCGAUAGUGUUUCUGGCUGAACAACAUCCUCCCUCUUUUAGAGCAAAACAUGUGUCGCCUUGACAUGGCUCUUACUGGUAGGGAUGUACACUGAUUUAUGCUGAAUCAGCCUGACACGUUAUCAAACUGGAAUCCUCAAGGUCUACCCUCCUAUAUUCUGGCAACAGUCUGAUUGAUCUCUAUUUGGCACACCACUGGUAAGUCCAAAAACUGAGUUAGUACCAUUGAACCAGCCUGAAUUGGAACAAGUUGACAGCUAAGAAAUAUGCUAAAUGACUUAAAAUUUUAUUGAGACCAAAAUUGAUUUUCACUCGUAGCUUUUGAUCUCCAUUACGAACUUUCUCAUCAACAGCAAAAGUUUGACAAGGAAAUCCGCAAACAUUUGAACGAAACUAGUUAGAUGUUAUUAUUAUAUCAAAUAUAACAUACAAAAUAGAUAAGUAUUAUGUUGAUCCAUUUGGUUUGUUCGCUCCCGUUAAGACCAUGCCCCUCAUGGGUCGGUUUCAUAACUUUCUUCUUUAUGAGCAGGACUACCGGAUAGCUGAAAGAAUAGAGAAAGAAGGAAAAGGUUGCGUGAUUGUUGUCAACAAGUGGGACACAAUACCUGAUAAAAACCAACACACAGUAAAAUACUACGAGCAAGAUGUCAGAGAGAAGCUCCGCAUGCUUGGUUGGGCACCGGUUGUCUACUCGACUGCAAUUGCCGGUCAUAGCGUGGAUAAGUAUUUCCUUAAUCCAUCUCCAUUAUAGAACUUUGUUUAUUUUUUUCUCCAUGACUUCCAUGGUUCCUACAUCUUCCAGUGCUUAUGCUCAAAGACUCUUUUGAAACAAACACACUCGGACGUAUAAAGAAAAUCAGCACAUUUAUAUUAUUAAAUUCACUGUCAAUUAAUGGCUUCCAUGACGUUGCUACGCAAUUAAUUUUCUUGUAGUUCUAUAUAGCAUAUUGCAGAAGACUAAACAGUGUACUGCUACUUGUUCAGUAUGUGAAAAUCCGGUUCAUAAACUAUGCUUCAACCAUGUCUUUAUGUUACGGAUUUACGUACAUACUUCGUUUACUAGCCCAUGCUCUCAUAGGCUACUAAUGUAAAAUGUUUAAAGUUUGUUCGCUUAGGAGGCUGGACUUGCCUUGUUUUAUGUGCAAUGGAUGACAGAAGAAUUUUUAUUGUUUAUUCAAUCAAGAAACACUUGUUUUUGUUAAUGGCAUAAUUAUCAAUCAAUAAUUGGAAUUUAUGGGCCUUCAAUUGGAAAUAGUUUUUUAUUAUUCGAGCAUCAGCCCUGGUGCAACACCAUGUUAGAUACAUUCGGGUGCCUUUAUCACUGGACUUGCAAAUUCUAGUCAUAGGUGUCUUAUGAAGAGCUAUUUCUGCUGACUUUAACAUGGAAAUCUCAUAUAUGGAAAGCUAUAUUCACUCCAUAGUUUGGGUUUCUAUGUAGAGGAGUGUCCUGCUUUCAUUUGCAUACCCCACACCUCAUCGCUUAUGUGCUUUACUGUUGUUCGCAUAUCUAACUUCUGUACUUUUUUUCUGUAUCUUAUUAAGGUAUUUCCUAAAGAAAAUGUUUUUUUUGUCUGUCUAUUAUAGUUUUGGCUGUAGUUUAUUACAAUUCUAUCUCUUGCUUAAAGAAGCGUACGGCACUUAAGGUAGAAGUCAAAGUUAUUUCCCAUUGGCUGAGAUGCGAGUUUCUAAAAUGCCCCUUUUUGCCUUUAUUGUGCUCAAUAUCCAGAAAAUGCUAAUUUUUUAUGCAUUCUCCAUACAUCGUUUUUGGUUGAUGAUGUUCAAAGACGCUUGUUUGUAAAUAUCUAACGUCAUUGGCUGUUUAUUGCUAUUUAUAACUAGUACUUUCUCUUCUGCCUCAGGGUAAUUGCUGCAGCCAGCAUGGUUGAGAAAGAAAGAUCAAGAAGAUUAAGUACGGCCACUCUGAAUCAAGUGGUUCGUGAAGCAGUAACUUUCAAGCCGCCACCAAGGACAAGAGGUGGAAAGAGAGGGCGUGUGUAUUACUGCACUCAGGUGGAUUUUCUUUUCUUAGUAAUAUAGUUAUUAACCUUCUGAGUCCGUAAUACUCGUUAUUGCUUCCAAAAUGCUGACGCGUCUAGCUAGUCCUGGCAGAAACUUUGGGUAGAAUCCCCCCCCCUCCCCCCCUUUCAAGAAGAAAAAGGAAAAGAUUAAUGAGAAACCUGGACUAAUAUUCGAAAUGCACACCUAUUGUACCGAGCAUUAAAAAUUCCCCGUGACUAUCCAUUCAAACCAAGCUUAUUCAGUACGGUGGAAUCUUAGAAAAUAAAUCUUGCCCUGUAAUCAUCUGCCAAUCCUUCACGCAGUACGGUGGAGUCUUAGGCUACCUCUUUCAUAACAUGCUUUCAUUUUCUCACCUGGUUGUCACCCAGGAGUGUCCUUCUUUAGUUUUAUCUCUUCUUGCCAAGACAACUUACUUGGGAAAUGAUGCGUAUAAUCCCAGUUGCAGAGAGACCUCACCUUCAUGUUAAUCUUGCUUUCUCAGUCACUGUCUCCACCGCAUCUUCAGUUUAUAUGGGUUUCCCACACAUGUGCAUAUCUCAUCUUCUGUUCGUCAGAAGACUUAUCUUUUUGCUAAUUUUUUGUCUGCCCAUAUCAUCCUGCAGGCUGCCAUCCGCCCUCCGACCUUUGUGUUCUUCGUGAAUGAUGCUCAGCUUUUCCCAGAAACAUACCGACGAUACAUGGAGAAGCAACUGAGAUCAGAUGCUGGUUUUCCUGGUACGCCAAUACGCCUCCUGUGGCGCAGUAGAAGGAAGCUCGAGAAGAAAGGUAAACAGGCCGUUUCAUCAAAUGUGAAAUAGCCCAGGACCAAUAGAAUUCCUGUGAUCAUAAUCCCAAAAGAGCAUCUCCCAGUAUAAUCAACACAGACAGACGAUAAAUGUGAUAUUAUCCAUGAAGCACAGAUCAAUUGUUUGUUGAAAGAUACCCCGGUGGCUGAAUCAUUUGAAAGUUUUGAUGAGAAACUAUGAGCUAUCAAAUUAUAUAAGCCACUAUGAAUUGAUUGCUGUUACAUGAAGAUAACACUGCUCACUCACUGAUUAGGCCAUCCAAAUCUGUAGAAAAUGAAGAACAAAAAAGUGGGUAUGCGCGCAUAAAGCUUAAUUUUGACUAUAAUUAUCUGUAGAUUCAUAAAAAGCUUGUAUAUGCUUGGUUUGGUCGAUGCUCCAGUUCUGUGGAACGACUAGGAAUGGUCAAGCUGGUGGACUGCCCAUCUUGAAACGCGUCUGUCCCGGGCUUUCUUUUUUAUUCCAUGUUAUACUGCAUCUGUGGAGUUCGUUCUUGGCCGAUCGCAGCAGCCCGCCACUCGCUAGCUCUGUAAAAUUUCCUGAAAUAGAGCUACCAAGGCUUCUUUCAACCCUAAAUACCCCUUUUGUGUAGUAUCAUACUCAUUGUAAAAGGUAUAAAAGUGGCCUCUUUCUGCAAAGUAUUUCCCCCCGAUCUUUGUCACCUCUCACCCCGCGCGUGUGGCGGACUCGAGGAGAGUGUCUAGUGGCACGAAUGGGUGCGGGGGGAGGAGCAGGCCCAGCGAGGGAUUGCCGUUGGGCUGUUCUCGAGGGGGUCUUAAUUAAUGGUGCCCGCCGCCGAGACGUACUCUCCCUCUGCCAUCAGGGAGAUCAUGCAUGUGAAGCGUUGA